UAUGGAAAGAUUGCAAUGCUGGCAAAAUGUCUUCAUUUGCCAUUGCUCAAUGAAACUACUUAUUACCGUUUACAGCGAAGGUAUGUGGUCCCAGUUGUACAUGACUACUGGAAUGACAUGGUUGAACAGAUGUUGUCUGCUCGUGAACAAAUGAAUGUGACUAUUUUGGGUGAGUUCAGCUCUAAUUUCUUUUGUAUGUGCAAUGUAUUUCUGCUACCUUUUGUAAUUCCAGACUAAUAUGAACUGCUGUCAAUGUUACUAGGUGAUGGACGAAUGGAUAGUCCAGGCCACUGUGCACAGUACUGCACAUAUACAUGCAUGGAUGAGAACACCAAAGAGAUUUUGCUAGUGCAUGUGGUGGACAAGAGACAGACUGGCCUGAGUUCGCCAAAAAUGGAGAAAUUAGCCUUUGAAAAGUGCAUGGCCAUUCUUCAAGAACACCAUGUCAACAUAGAAGAGGUGGUGACUGAUGCACAUCCGCAGAUUGCCAAAUUGAUGAGUAAGACUUCUGUCUGUAUGAUCUCCUGUAUGAUCCCCUGUACGUGCAUUAAUUGACAACACCAUGUUCACCACAUUUACUUUCUUCACAGGGACCAGCUAUGCAUCAAUCAUGCACUCAUUCGAUAUGUGGCAUGGAGCGAAGAAUCUGUGCAAAAGAAUUAACAAGGUACAGUUAAUUACUGACUACUGAUGUUUGCAGGUUUAGUUCCCAUAUUUCUAUACACACGUUUGUUUCACACACAGGAGUGCAAAAUGCUGGCCAGUCCAGCUCUGUGCUAGCAAUAUCUGUGUGUGCAUAGAAAAUGUGUCAUCGUAUUACUGCAAGCUGGUUACUUAUUUUUUAUGGGUGAGUGGAUGCCAGCAUAAAUGACUUCCUAUAUUAAGGUUUCGGGGAAAUGUUUUACCUUUGUGUGAAUGCAUAUUAGUACUUGAUUAUAAUAAAUCAAUUUAAACUUUAAUUUUCAGUACCUUACCUUUUCCUUGUAUCCUCAUGUUUGGUUAUUUGACAGUGCAUAAACACAUGCUAAUUAGACAUAAAAUCAUGCAGAAGAAAGAUGCAAAUUAUGAUAUCACGACAAGGUUUAGUAGAGUUUGAAAGUUUAUAUUUUUUUAUCAACUUACAGGCGGGUCAACAGCGUGUCUACAGAAUUCUGUGCCAGUGGACCAAGCAAAUAGUCAAUCACUUCUGGUAUUGUUGUCAGCACUUUCACGAUAUGGAACAAUUCAUGGUGUGUAAAUGCAUAUUAAUUAGAAAAAGUAUUUCAUUUACUAUUAGCAACCACCACAGUUUAUUCUUUCUUUUUCCACAGGUGCAUUGGAGUGGUGUCUUAUACCAUGUUGUAAAUCAACAUGAGUGGGUAAUGGGAACAACUGGCGAUCAACCGAUGGCCCACUGUGAGCAUGAGUCUCUGGGGUCAGACCGUACAGCUCCAUGGUUGGAGCCUGAAUGCCCCGCGCAUCAAAAGUUAAGGGAGAUUAUUCUGGAUCCCAAAUUUGUAGAAAAAUUAAAGCAUUACUUCAGCUACAGAACAACAGCGGAUUUGGAACAGUUCCACCAACUUAUACUAAAGUAUGCAUCUAAACGACAGGCAUAUACUUUUCCAGCUUAUCGUGCUCGUAAUUUUUUAGCUGCCAUAGACCACAACAAGCACCUUCAUCGCCCCUACCAGCGUAACAAGCAUGGAAGAAUUGUGUAUCGAAGAAAGUAUAACAAGAAAAGUGAGAGAUGGACAGUCGUGCGUAAAAAAGUGGAGAAAGAGUACAGAUACUUAGUAACACUGAAGAAACUGAUUUUGCACCGCCGAAUGACCGACACGGGUAGACUUCAAGGACCAGCCAGACUUGCGCAUGAUGAUCCAAGAAACAUACAGGCCACAAUUGCUCCCUAUUCACCGCCAAGUACAAGCCAGCUGGUAGCUGAGCACUCCUCCAGAUUUCUACAGCAGUCACAAAAUUUGGAAGAGACCAUAGCCUCCGUUUAGGUGCCAGCAAAGCAGAUAAACACCACAUCGAUCCUCUGGUGCAUGUAGGCACUGGAUUUUCAACCAGUCAAAAGUUAUGUAUAUCUUAUUUUCUCCAAAUUGGUCAGUCAUUGUAGUCAAUUUAUUAUUGCAUGAAUCUUCAUAAGUCUGUUUCUUCACACUCAUUUAGUCAAUCCUCACUUGUGACAUGCACCAUUUGCUAUCUUCAUGACAGUGGCAGUCUACUGCAAGUUAACAUUUAUAACCUUUUUCCAUCAUCUAUUGUCAUGUAUCACAUCACUAAGCCACAUAAUUUGCAUAACUUUACUUCCUUUUUGAUUUGACUUUCUGUAUUUGUUUGGAAGAAACAGAGCAUCUACUACCAGCCUAUUAACCUCUCGUACAACUGUUGAGAUUAUGGUCCUUAGUACAUCGACUAUUUGUUUUUUUACUCAGCAUAUUUGGUGUAGAAAGAGUGUUUCUCAGUUUUCAUAAUAUUUUACCCUUGAUAUAACCUUUUAUUUUGUUUUAAGCAAGGAUCAGCAGACUCCACAUGGUAUACUGGCUUGUAGGUAUUAGUAGUGUUACAGCAAGAUUCUGGAUCUUAAUGCAGCCCGUGACACCCUCUUAUAACCAUGUGUCUGUGCAGGUAAGGUGUGGAUCUAGGUGCAAUCAGUCAGAAUAGUUGCAGAGACAUGUCAUGGGCAACUUGCCAUGAUACAUUGCUAAAACUGUGUUAUGUUUCCUGGUGGUGAUUACUUUAUAUGAUUCGAGUUGGUUUCACAGCCGGAUAAGUUGUGUUUGAAUACUGUUGUCACAUUGUUUAUCCAUCUGGGAAUGCAUAUUGAUGCCAUUACUUUAAAGCUGUCACAUGUGUUGUAUGCGUAUGCCAAACUACACCUGUAAUGCUGACACUUUGUUGUGGUCAAUACUCUGCCAUGCUUUAUUCAUAAUUAUCUUCUUGAUAUUUAGAAUGCUAUUGCAUUUUCGUUGCACAGUGAAUGCACUCUCAUUUGGGUCAAGGGUGCUACUUUGUCAGAGUACUCGCUUACAGUAAUCUCACAGGAGACUAAUUAAAUUUAUAUUUUGGCAUUAAAAUCUGCUGCUAUACUUUCUUCAAACCGGGGUAACAAGAGUGCAUGAAUGAGUUAAACUGAAAUUCAAUUAAAUACUCCUGUUGAAAUGCAACAGACAUUAACACACUCCUUGUGAGGUAACUGGUUGUUCCAUUAAAAGCAACUGGUACACUUGCAGUACAGCAAUAGUAAAAGUUAGCAUCUUUGUUCAUGUUUGCCUUAAUCACACUGUAAUGGAGUUACACUUUGUCAUAAUGUAUGCCUGGUUACUGCAGUUUGGUUGAAGACUGAGUCUGGUAUGUCUGAAGAUUAACAGAUUAAUAGGCUUGUCCAUUGAAAGUCUGGUUAUCCAGUCAACCAGUGUACAGAGGGUUUAAUGUUACAAGUAGUGCUGUGCUAUUAACAUGUAGUACUAUGUUUCUCACCCAUUUUAUAUUUUUUUAGUCUACUGUCAUGGAAAAUAGGAACGGUAUGAACGCACAGUCUCGGACACAGGCCACUCGUGGGGAUACACUGCAAAGACGAAGACCUAGAAAUUCACGUCGUCGAAGACUUCUUGACACCGAAACUCAAACAAUGAGUAGUGACAGACAUCAAUUGGCUGCUGUCAUGAACCUCGAGGGAGACGCAGAUUCCCUCAGUUUACAGACCAUUGUUGACAGUCUUUCGCAAGACCAAAUGCGUCAUCUUUUCACUUUGAUAGCAGAAAGGACUCCAUCAAUGCUACGGGAGAUUUUGGUGGAGCAACACAUGUUCAAUGUUGAAAAUACACAGCGGCCAGUACAAAUCCCUCCCCCAUGGUGUGUGUGCCGCUGCUGCAGAGACAUGCCCACUUCGAUUGAACGAGUCUGCUGUGGGAAUGGACCAAAUCACUGUUUGUCACAUAUUUCUGAUAUGAACGUGGUGGUACUUCAUCAGACUGUACUUGCUGUCGCUGACACAUAUAGAAGAGCUAUUUUUGGUAUACCGGUGGACGCAGAUGAAAACCGUCGUUGUCGGCACUCUGCA